GCCGUUGCGACUUUUCCAUACUAAUCCUUAGCUCUUACUGAGGAGGGGUUGGCUGAUUCCGCACUAAAACGCCAGGUUUCCCGUCUCGGCUUGUCGCAGAUCUAUCAUGUAUCCGUCCCCAACUUCCGGGGAGAAUCCCGAAGACGACUCGCACUCAUCCAGGAAGCGCAUCGCGAGAGCAUGUGAUUCUUGCUACAAGAGAAAGAUCAAAUGCGACGCGGCUGUACCACAAUGUAAUUGGUGUAGCCACCACAAUAUCCCGUGUACCUUCACGAGAACAACCCAUAGAAGACGCAAGGAGAAGAUCCAUGCCAAUCCCCAGCAGAAAACUUCGCGUUUGGCGGAGCGCAUCGAUCGCAUAGAAAAGCUCCUGACCGAUAAUUUGCUGCGAGACUCCGUGCCUCGCGAGUCUCCAAAUAGCUCGAACACCGAAAGCCCAGGCUUCGAUCACCCGCCGAGUAUCACCCCCAUCGGCCCGUCUUCCGUCUCCUCGUCCGUGCCCCUUCACUUCGCCGGUCGAGAGCUGGGAGUCGUCAGUCUGAUCACGGGAAUUCCGUUCCUACUUCCUGAGGGCCAGCAAUGGAUCCAAUCGAGAACCGGACAGCACAUCGCCUUCGACAAGCUCAGUCCCGCCCGGCCACCAUGGGAAAAGCAGCGAGCGAUGAGCUCUAGUGCUCUGCUCAUGGAUCUCCACAAGGUGUUCGAGCUCCCAGAGCGGCACAUCGUCGAGAUCAAUUUCGAAGCGUACUGCGGCUCCCUGAUGAUGCGGAUCUUCCCCAUCAUCGACACGGCGUUGUUCCAGAAAACCAUCACUACUGCGUACCGUCAUCAGAAUACCCCCUCGCCUAUUGGCCAGGCCGCGACCAGGGCGUGUAUCUUUGCUUUCCUUGCCUUUACCUCUCUCACACGCAUUCCGGAAUUCGACUCAAUCCGCCAGCAGAUAUCCCCGGUGGACCCGGAAACUUUUGCCUUGAAGGCUCAGUAUCUCAUACCGCAGGUUCUGCAGGAGUCGGCGACGCUGGAAGGGUUACAGACGGUGGCGAUGCUGGCACUGUACGAACUCGUUUCUGGGAAUCUGCAAUCGGCCAACUAUUACGGGUCACUCUCUGCCCGCAUGAUCUUCAUGCUGGGCGCGCAUACAACCACUUCCCAACAGAGUGUACUCUACCAAGACUCGGUCACGGAUACGGACCCACGCGCACAACAUCAUCUUCGAAACAUCUUCUGGCUGUGCUACACGAUCGAGAAAGACGUGUCUCUGCGAACGGGCCAACCGCAGCUGUUCGUCCACGAUAACUGCGACCUAACUCUACCACCCGGCUACGUGGAAAAACUCUACACCAGCUUGGAAUACCACCACCACUCCCAAGAACUGCCCGAAAACCCCCUUUUCCCCGUCGAUCUCCGCCUCAGCAUCAUCAAGGCGCGAGCGUGCAGUGCGCUAUACUCGUUCAAGGCGCUCCAGAAGACGGACGCGGAGCUGCUGAAAGAGAUCCGCGAGCUGGACGACGAGCUCGAGAAGUGGAGGGUCUCGGUGCCGUCCGAGUGGAGACCGACCCUGUCAUUCUCGCACGAGACGCCGGAUCCCAACGUCAGCAUGCAUUCCGUGAUGCUCCGCUUGAACUACCAUCUUUGCAUGACCAUCAUCCACCAGGCCAGCAGUCGCUGCAAAUCGUGGGCCAAUGGACAGGGCGGCAUGAUGGAGGGGGUGAGCUCGAGCCUGGCCCUGUCGGUCGAAGCGAGUCGCUCCACGCUACUGUACCUCGAAGCGGCCGAACAUGUCCUGGUUGAUGGAAUUUUCUGGACCCUCAUUUUCUACCCCAUGUCGGCGUUCCUCGCCAUCUUCUGCAACAUCCUCCAGAACCCGAUCGACCCGCAAGCCACCAAAGACCUGGGUCUUUUGAGAACCGCGACCAGCAUGAUGGAACGGGUGUUCCUACGGCAAACGUGUUCCACGAACGAGGUUGUCCACAUCAAGCUCGUGGCCGAUUUCGUCACCGAGCUGUACAGACUGGCGAAGUGUGCCAUUGAGAAGGCAUGGCGCGAGCGUGCAGUUUGAAGCAGAGGUGCAAUUGGUUGGGAUGGAGACGAGAAGGGGGUUGUGAUUUCCGGUGUUAUGGGAUAGUUUAAUGAGAUAUGACGGGAUGGAUUCUUAGGCGCACGGCGUUGGAGUUUUUUUCAAAAAGGAUGAGGGGUCGUCUGCAUGGUCGAUUGGGGCGUCAGAUGUUUGACCAUUGAUUCCUUGGAGAUACCACCACCUUUAGAAGUGAAGAAAAGCUAUAUAGAAUAUUCAAUAACACUCAUCUUUCUUUUACG